AUGGCCUCUGAAUUCAUCGGCUACAAUGUGCUGGUGACCCUUCGCGCACCCCCAGGCGCUACUGUCCAGGGGGUGGUUGCGGAUGUCAUCGGUCAACGCUUGAUGCUUCAAAAUGUUUCUUUGUCAUGGAUCGGUUACCCAGUCCCGGCGUAUUCCAUCGAAGCCCCAGAUAUUGCAGAUCUGUCCUUGAAACCAUCCGAUAGACCUGGAGCGCAAGCCGCGACUACACCGCAAGUAACCAGGAAUGUGGCGCCCCCGAUAUCGAGAAACCAAACACAGCAACAGUUUGUGGACCCGGCGAUUCUAAGUUUCUCAAAACCUUCGAAUGAGGUUCAUUCGAGCGCGCAACUUCAAUCGAACUUGAUAGAUGGCCCUGCCGCCCGACAAUAUCCUGCGCCGCAGAGCGCAUCUCACCACAUAUCCCACGCAACACCAGCUACCCUCAACGAGCCGUUCAGUAACCUAGAGCUGAAUGUGAGCAGUAUUCCAACUCCGCAAGUGGAGCCGGAGAAGGAGCUACAGGGCCCCUCUCUCCACGCGGCUGAAGAGCCCCCGAUUCAUGCCGCUAGUCGUCAUGGUACGGUUCGUGGUCGUCGCGGAGGAAAACAGAAGGCGCAGAAUGUCUAUAAUGAGCACAAUGGGGCCCUUAAUACGAACCCAAAGACCAAGGGGUGGCGCCAGACAGCUUUUGUCGAACCUUCUAGCCCAAGCAUGAUGAACUCCCCGCAGCCGUAUAAGGAGAGAGGGGCACUCAAUAAUAAACGGCGGAAGAAGAAAACCAAAGGCUAUACGGAAGAAACAAAUGGAUGGGCAACUGAGGAGGCAACAGAUAUCCAGGAACUGGGCGAAUUUGAUUUCGCAAGUAAUCUUUCCAAAUUCGACAAGAGACGGGUGUUUGAGGAGAUCAGGAACGAUGACACAACUGCCGAUGAAGCACGACUUGUUAGCUUCAACAAAAGGGUUCCAAAGCCCGGAACCAACGGAGGCCGUAACUUACACUGGACGGAAAAUGUUCUCGACGAUAGUCCGGAGGAGGAGAGUGAUAAUGGAGCCACCGACCAUGAACCGAGCGAUGCGAAACUCAGCAGCGGGACCUUUUCUGGACGCGACGUAUCAAGGCUGUCGGUGCGUGGCCGAGCGUCACGGAAAGGAAGCGGAAUCCUUGGACAACCGCUGAUUCCAGCACAGAUCAAUACCGUCGGGCGCCAUCAGUUGAGCGGCUCUCGAACAAAUAGCCCGCUUCCUACAAAAUCACACGUUUCAGCGUCGCCAAUUACCGGGCCUAGCGUGUCGAACGCCACAUUACGACUUGCGACUACGAACCGAAGCUGUCCGACUGUCAGCCCUCUACAAAUUCUCGAAGUUGAGCAGCUAGCGAUUGGCGAAGUGGGCCUGACCGAGGAUAUGAUCACUGAAAAUGCUGGAAGGAGUAUUGCGGAGGCCGCUGUCGGCCUUCUAAAUAGCGAUGCAGCUGCACCUACCAUCUUGGCUCUCGUUGGAAACCAUAGGACUGGAGCAAGGGCCAUUUCUUCUGCUCGCCAUCUGCGGAAUCGUGGUCACCGUGUAACGGUGUGUAUGCUAGGAAUCGAGCAAGAAGUCGAAUUGCUUGAGAGCUGCCGUAAGCAGGUUGAGAUCUUCAAGAAGAUGGGCGGCCGCUUCCUGAAAUGGGAAGAACUCUCUCCAAGACUCUCAACUUCUGAAUUCGAACCUGAUUUGAUUUUGGACGCACUAUUUGGUAUUCAUCUCACCUUCAACGACUUGCGAACGGAUGACCAAGCGACUGCGUUCCAGAUGAUUUCUUGGGUUAAUCGCAGCGAACUUGAUACGUUAUCUGUUGAUGUCCCUUCCGGCAUAUCCGCUACUACUGGAGAAGUGACGUUUGUCGAGAGUGGGCAACUGCGUGUCGAUUCGAAAUCGAUUGUCUGUCUUGGAGCGCCGAAGACUGGGCUAGUCAAUGCUCUGCUAGCUGGAGAAGGAUCUUCUUGGAACCUCUCUGUUGCGGACAUUGGAAUUCCUCAGAUAGCCUGGCGAAAGUUUGGCACUCGUCGACGACAUGGUAUUGAUUUCGGAAACCGAUGGAUUGUAUCUCUACGAUUCCAACCCUCCAUCACACAUUCGGAAUGGGCCUCGGACGAAGCAUAUUCAGCCAGCGCUGGCGCUGGCGUUGGCAGGGCUAGACUUGGAGCUGACGGAGCGUCUUUCAGGCGCCUACCAUUCAAAUUCUGCUCGCUGUCGCUGCAACCCUUUGAGCACCCCGUCUGUACGCAGUCCGGCACGAUUUUCGACCUCACAAACAUCCUACCCUGGAUUAAAAAGCACGGAACGAACCCCGUCGACGGAACGCCGCUCAAGGGCUCGGAUCUGAUUAAGUUGACGAUCGCGAAGAACGAUGCCGAUGAAUAUAUUGAUCCCGUCACGUACAAGGUUCUUACGGAUAACACUCAUGUUGUCGCAUUGCGGAAUACCGGGAAUGUGUAUGCGUGGGAUACGGUUGAGCGGUUGAAUAUUAAGGGGAAGAUGUGGCGGGAUCUUAUGACAGAUGAGGAAUUUAGCCGGAAGGAUAUAAUUACAUUGCAGGAUCCGCAGAAUAUUGAGUCUAGGAACUUGAGCUCCUUCAAUUAUAUCAAGGAAGGGGAGACUGGGCUAUCUGAUGAGCAAUUGCGAGAGAGGGAAGAUCCGGCUCGGAAUGUGAAUGCGAAUGCGCUGGGAAGUUCUGCGAAGAUCUUAAAGGCAAGGGAGGCAGUGGCUAAGGCUCGGGAAGAAAGAGCCCAGCGCUCUGGGACUACAGCCGCGAGUGCGGCGCUGGCGAAAACCGGUGCUCCGGCAAAGUCCUUACAGAAAACCGCGUCCAACCAAAGUGGGAAGCCUGUACCCUACAAUGCCGCAAAAUACACGACUGGACUGGCGGCUGCGUCGUUUACUAGCACAGGAAUGACGCCUCACACGUCGGCCGAGUUAGCACUGUUGUCGGAUGAAGAUUACAUGUUGAAGAGAGGUCGGGUGAAGCAGAAGGGAUACGCUCGGAUAUCAACUACGUCUGGCGACGUCAAUCUGGAAUUACACACGGAAUAUGCACCUAAGGCAGUCUGGAACUUUAUCAAAUUGGCGAAGAAAGGUUACUACAAGGAUGUGACUUUCCACCGCAAUAUCAAGGGAUUCAUGAUCCAGGGAGGUGACCCCACGGGUACUGGACGGGGCGGCGAGAGUGUCUGGGGAAAAUACUUCAACGACGAGUUUGAGGGCCCUCUUAAACAUGAUUCCAGGGGCACACUCAGUAUGGCAAACAAGGGGAAGAACACGAACAGCAGUCAAUUCUUCAUCGCCUAUCGUGCUCUGCCUCAUUUGAACCUCAAGCACACAAUUUUCGGCCAUGUGAUUGACGACCCAACGCCUUCAUCACCGACACUCAACAAACUCGAGGCUCACCCCGUCAAUGCGACAACUAACAAGCCAACACCUGACGUCCGUAUCAUCGACGUUACAAUUUUCGUGGAUCCAUUUGAAGAAUUUUUGAAGCAGAAGCAGAUAGAACAAUCUGCAGAAAAGGGUGAAGGCAAGACCGCCGAAGACGAAGAACAAAAUAGCCGUCGCGCGGAAGACGACCAGGUCACUUGGACUGGAAAGCGAGUGCGCGGGCCUGGAGCGGCUAAGGACGAGGGUUCCGCUGGGGUCGGGAAGUAUCUCAAAGCAGCCUUGACUGAGAGGGCCGGCCAGGAUGAGGACGAGAUUGUGGAAUUUGUGGACGACGAGCCAGCGCCAGAGCCGGCGCGGAAGAAGUUCAAGGGAGGCGGAUUUGGUGAUUUCAGUUCUUGGGAUUAG